AUGAGGGUCGUUUGUGGUAGUGUGUGGCCAGAUAGAUGGGCGGGAAGUAAUAGUGGAAUGGAGGUGUAUUCGGUGGUAGUGAUGUUUGGAGGUCUAGGUGGCGGUAGGGUAGAGUUUGAGGUGGUUGAAAGUGACGAUUCCAUUGAGUCUCUAAUGUUUGAGUUUGACAUCCAUUUCUUAAGUCAUGAAUCUCUUUACCAUCCAGUUUUUGAAUUAGCAAGUUUCAAUAGGGUCGGCCGGAUGCGUGCCUUGAGGUCGAGGGUGGUGCCAUUUGGAGAUUUGGUGUGCUUCUUAAUCUUUAAUAUUGAAUAUUGCCUCCUUAAAUUCUUGAAUUUUGUUCUUGACUUUGGCUUAUUGUUCGAUAAUCUUGAUUGCUUCAAUACUUCCUUCUUCUUGAUUAUUGAUUUUGAUUAUAGGUUUUGGUCCUCUCUCUUCAACAUGUUUUCUCUUCAUUCACCAUUGAAAGCAGUGACACUGACCCAUGUGAGGUACCAAAGAGGAGAUCAAUUGGGUCAUUUCCUGGCAUGGAUUUCUCUUGUCCCAGUUUUCAUUAGUCUUGGAGGGUUCGUUUCUCAUUUCAUUUUUCGCCGCGAACUUCAGGGCAUGUUCUUUGCAUUGGGUCUGUUGAUUUCGCAAUUCAUCAAUGAAAUUAUCAAGACAUUGGUGCAGCAGGCUAGGCCCGAAACCUGUGCGCUUCUUGAAAUCUGUGAUUCCCAUGGCUGGCCCUCCAGCCACUCUCAGUACAUGUUCUUUUUUGCUGUUUAUUUCACGCUUUUGACGUAUUAUAAGAUUGGGAUUUUGGCCAGGAAGCAAUUGUGGGUUGUGGGACUUCUUGUGUGGCCUUUGGCGAUUUUGACUAUGUAUUCGAGGGUAUAUUUGGGGUACCACACGUUGGCUCAGGUCUUCGCUGGAGCUGCACUUGGGGCGGUGCUUGGUGGAGGCUGGUUUUGGGUGGUGAAUUCUUUGCUCCGCUGCUAUUUUUCGGAAAUUGAAGAGAGCGCAUUUGGGAGGUUUUUUUAUGUUAAGGAUACCUCGCACAUCCCUAAUGUGUUGAAGUUCGAGUAUGAAAAUGCUAGGGCCGCGAGACAACACGUUUCUUAUAAGCGCUCCAGUUGAGAAACCAUUAAUUAGAGGACAGGAAAAUAAAAGAAUGAAACCGUAUCUUGGAAAGGCAGCGACUGCCCUAUUUUCAGAAGAUUUCAGCAGUUGCUGAGUUUCUGCAGCAUGGAGAGAGGUACUGAAUUGGCUUAGAUGAAUGGAUUUUUAUAUAUUUUGUUCUUCAGAUACUAAGUUUGAAAUUUUAGAUAUUAUUAUGUGUUGAUGACAUCGUUUUCUAGCUUAAAGACAAAACUACGUCUAUAUCCACAGUUCGAAGUACACUGUUAUGUGAUCCAAAGGCAUUUUAUUUGGGCACUGCAUUUUAUUUCAUUUGACAAUAGACGUUUAUCCAUUAAUGUUGAUAAGGAAGUAAGGAAGUGAAUUUGGAAUAUCUUGA